AUGGCUAGCAAAUACCAUGUAAGAUCAAUUUGCUUGCCUUCGAGGUCACAUCCUACGAUUCUUAGAAUGGAAGAUGAGCUGAACCGGAUCAAAACUUGGGAAGCAUCGGCUUUAUCGACAUCAGUGUCGAUAUCUGCUGGUCUUUCGGGGCUUGAAGACUUGUAUCAAUGCAUGGAUGACCUUCUUAACACGACUUCGGUAAAACAAGUACUCUCGGUGCAUCGACACGAGAAAUGUGUCGAUGAAUUGUUGGACAGAUACGUAAGGCUUUUAGAUAUUUGCGGUAUUGAGAGGGAUUACAUGUUUCAGAUCAAGGAACAGGUUCGUGUUCUCCAAUCUUCUCUGAGGAGGAGGAAGGGUGUUUCGAGCAUCGAGGAUGGCAUCCUUCGCUACACUUCCUUCAGGAAGGAGAUGAGGAAGCAGGCGAAGAAAGUGAUAUUCAAGUUGAAGCAAAUGGAUGAUAAACUCGAUGCAUCACCGUGCCUGGACCAGGACCAUCAUUUCUCGGCCGUGAUUCGAAUUCUGCGACAAGUUAAUGUAACGAACACGUCCAUCUUUCAAUCCCUUUUCUCGUUUCUGUCGGCACCGGUUUCAUCGAAGCGAACGAGAUGGUCUCUGGUGGCGAAGCUGAUGCAUAAGGGUGUGGUAGCGUGUGAAGAGGAGCAAGAUGUUGUUAAUGAAUUUGAAAGCGUGGACUCUGCGCUUUGCAGACAUGCUUUUGAUGUUGAUAAGAUGCAAAUUGCACAUAAAAGAUUGGUGGCGUUGGAGAGUAGCAUUGAAGGCGUAGAGAACAAAUUGGAGUGCCUGUUCUGGAAGCUGCUCAGAGCAAGAACCUCUCUUUUGAACAUCAUUUCUCAAUAG